GGGAAUGUUUAACGCCUACUCGGCUGCCGAUCGGACGGCUGUGAUUAGACGAUACCUCAUCAAGGUCUUUGUCCGAUGGCUCUGAACAAAGGUGCGACCCACCACUGACAGAAGGGAAGGGUCAGAGGACUGUCUUCUAGAGUUUCUCUUUAAGCGUUAUUACUAAACUAUUUCUCUUCGAAGAUUUCCCAGACACAAAAAUCCUCAGACCUUCCCAAUCCAAACCAACCUCAUUCCGGCAGAAACCCCGGCAAAAAGAAAAAAACCUAAUUUCCUGCCGGGAUCUGAUACUCUAAACGGAUUGGGUGAAGUGACAACACCGGAUUCCAGCAAUGUCGUCGCCUACUCCGGGGUCUUCUCCGGCCCCGGCAUCCACUCCUCCAACUCCACCCGCGACGAUUCCUUCCUCUCCGCCACCUGCGAACGCCACGACGCCUCCUCCAUCUUCGCCGCCGGCGAACAAUACAUCUCCUCCGCCGCCUCAGGCGGUAGCACCGGCUGCAUCUCCACCUCCGCCGGCGACAGUAUCUUCUCCUCCCCCUGCGGCAGGGUUAUCGCCUCCCCCAGCGAUAGGAUCUUCGCCUCCGCCGCCGGCGACUACAUCGUCGCCUCCGCCGCCGGCGACUGCUUCUUCUCCUCCGCCGCCUGCGUCGGGAUCUAGGCCGUCGCCACCCCCGCCGACUACCAGUAGCUCAUCGCCGACGCCUCCAGCGGAUUCGUCGUCGAGCAGCGGUCCGUCGACUGGACUCGUUGUCGGACUUGCCGCCGCCGGCCUUGUUUUUCUGGCAGUGCUGACGAUUCUGUUCAUCUGCUGCAAGAAGAAGAGAAGGAGGAGUCACGAGUCAUUGGAUUAUUACGGACAUCCGCCACCAACGCAUCCGCAGAAGAUUGACCCUUAUGCUGGGCAGCCGCAGAAUUGGCAACACAAUGCUCCACCGCCAGCAGACCAUGUUGUCAAAAUGCCGCCUCAACCUUCUCCUCCACCGCCAUUUGCAUCACGGCCACCACCUUCACCGCCCCCUGUUCCGGCAGCAAAACCUCCGCCUCCACCAGCCAUCAGCAGUAGUGGAGGUUCUGGUUCCAACUAUUCAGGGUCUGAAACCCCUCUUCCACCACCAUCACCUGGCAUAGCUCUUGGUUUCUCAAAGAGCACCUUCACUCAUGAAGAACUAGCGCUGGCAACGGAUGGGUUUUCUGAUGCCAAUCUCCUUGGACAAGGUGGGUUUGGGUAUGUCCACAGAGGAAUGCUCCUAAGUGGUAAAGAGGUUGCUGUCAAGCAGUUAAAAUCUGGCAGCGGGCAAGGGGAGCGUGAGUUCCAAGCGGAGGUUGAAAUUAUUAGCCGCGUACAUCACAAACAUCUUGUUUCAUUGGUCGGAUACUGCAUAGCUGGGAGCCAAAGGAUGCUUGUUUAUGAAUUUGUUCCUAACAACACACUGGAGUUCCACUUGCAUGGAAAGGGUAGACCAACCAUGGAGUGGCCUACAAGACUAAAAAUUGCUCUAGGUUCUGCAAAAGGGCUUGCAUAUCUUCACGAGGACUGCCACCCUAAGAUUAUUCAUCGUGACAUUAAGGCAUCCAAUAUUCUUCUUGAUUUUAAGUUUGAAGCAAAGGUUGCAGAUUUUGGGCUUGCCAAAUUUACUUCUGAUAACAACACCCAUGUCUCCACUCGAGUAAUGGGAACUUUCGGGUAUCUAGCUCCAGAAUAUGCAGCCAGUGGCAAACUCACUGAUAAAUCAGAUGUCUUCUCUUUCGGAGUCAUGCUUCUUGAACUGAUUACUGGACGCCGACCUGUAGAUACAACUCAAACUUUCAUGGAUGAUAGCUUGGUGGACUGGGCAAGGCCUUUGCUCACAAGAGCACUGGAAGACGGCAACCAUGAUACACUUGUGGAUGCACGGUUGCAGAGGAACUACAACGUCAAUGAGAUGGCACGAAUGAUUGCUUGUGCCGCUGCUUGCGUUCGGCAUUCUGCAAGGCGUCGACCACGGAUGAGUCAGGUUGUCCGAGCCUUGGAAGGGGAUGUGUCUCUGGAAGCUUUGAACGAAGGUGUUAGACCUGGGCACAGCACCCUUUACAGUUCAUAUGGAAGCUCGGAUUACGACUCUGGUCAGUACAACGAAGAUAUGAAGAAGUUCAGGAAAAUGGCAUUGGCUAGCCAUGAAUAUGGAAGCAGCGAAUACAGCGGGCGAACUAGUGAGUAUGGACUCAACCCGUCCGCAUCCAGCAGUGAAGGUCAGCAGACCCGCGAAAUGGAGAUGGGGAAGAUGAAGAAAGACAGCCGGGGUUUCAGCGGAAGCCCAUGAAAGAAGCGGCAGGUAUUCUUUGUAAAAAAAAAAAACAGAAUUCCUAUCUACUUGUUUUUUUCUUCUCUUCCACUUGACUUGAUUGCGAUAACGGCGUUGAAAAUGCGGGAUUGUGAAUUAUAUAGUUUUGGAAGUUUUCUAUUGAAUUUAUAUGUAUUUACUGCUUACAAAAUAAUCACGACAAUGGUAAUUGGUCAUUCUUUCGGCA